AGUUUAACUUUUGCACAAGUGGCGCUAGUGUUCCUCCCCCCUGACUGUCGUCCAUCAGGAGUGUAAAGUGGAAAAGAUUUCGAGUUUUUCGCCAAAAAAAGGGAGCUCGAUUGAAGGAUGAUGCAGAGAUUAACUGUUGCGGGGCCACUGCUCCGUGCCCCUGCCAUUCAGGGUGCUGAGCAGCAACGUGGCAUGGCUACACUGAAAGCCAUCUCAAUUCGCCUGAAAUCCGUGAAGAAUAUCCAGAAGAUCACGCAAUCCAUGAAGAUGGUGUCAGCUGCCAAGUAUUCUCGGGCUGAGCGUGAUUUGAAGAAGGCUCGUCCCUUUGGCGUUGGCUCUCAGCAAUUCUAUGAGAAGGCCGAAAUUGCACCGGCUGAGCAGACAGAGAAGAAACAUCUCGUGAUUGCAAUGACAUCCGAUCGUGGUCUCUGUGGUGCCGUGCACUCUGGUGUAGCACGUUUGAUUCGCAAUGAGCUCGCAGAUCCCGCAAAGGCGGCAAAUACGAAGAUCGUCUGUGUGGGUGACAAGAGUCGUUCAAUUUUGGCACGUAUCUUCGGGCAGAACAUUGUUUUUGUGGCCAAUGAAGUUGGACGUCUUCCCCCGACAUUCAUUGAUGCCUCCAAGCUGGCCACGGAGAUUCUCAAUUGUGGCUAUGAUUUUACGGAUGGAAAGAUUGUCUACAAUCGCUUCAAGUCUGUCGUGUCGUACAGUUUGAGCGAUAUGCCAAUCUUCAGUCGUUCCUCCGUUGAGGGAUCUGCCAAUUUGGCCGUUUACGACUCCCUGGAUGCGGAUGUAAUUCAGAACUACUUGGAAUUCUCCCUUGCUUCGCUGCUCUUCUACGCAAUGAAGGAGGGUGCAUGCUCUGAGCAAUCAUCCAGGAUGACUGCCAUGGACAAUGCAUCGAAGAAUGCCGGUGAGAUGAUUGAUAAGCUCACGCUUACAUUCAAUCGUACGCGACAGGCUGUCAUCACCAGGGAGCUUAUUGAAAUUAUUUCGGGAGCUUCGGCCCUCGAGAAGGAGAAGUAAUCACACCCCUUUUCCAUGGCUCCGGGUGUUUGGGUAGUAGUUGUGUUGUGAGUAUAAAAAAGAAAUUUCCUUUUUUUCAUUUCAAUCUAAAUUGCUGAAAUCUCACCUUCUUCCUGCACACACACAAUAUCCUCCAAAUCCUUGACUCCAUCUCCACAAAUCCAGACAGUCACUAAAUCCGCUCUAUAGUCCAUCUCUCACUGGGGGAUUUUACGAGGUGGGGUCAACGAUUGUCCAUAAGCUCACACCCAAAUAAUUUCCAGGGAAUGUGAAUAAAUAGUUUUAUGAGACAA